CUGACGUUCAGAAGUGGGUGCAAGUAAAGUGUUAGUUUGAUGACAAUUGUUAGUCAAAAGUCAAAUCAAUGGUAGUAAAAACUGGUUCGUCAGAAAGGAAAACUUGAGUUCAUUUCUAGAAAACCAUUGGAACUUCCAACGAACCUCCACUACAAGCUACCACCAGUAAUGUACUUCCCAUUGAUCCUAAUCCUGUGGCUUUCGGCAAUCACUUUCGCCAACCAUCAGUCAAACAAUGCCCUGUACCGUUGUGGAAUACGAAAACGCUUCGGAGCACAGCUAAUCCACCAUGCACGAACGGCGGAACUCGGUCAGUGGCCAUGGCAUGUUGCGAUCUAUCAACAAAUUGCCCGGAACAGGUCGUCAUCGGAAGGAGAGUACAAAUGUGGAGGUACCCUUAUCGAUCAGCAGCACGUCCUCACUUCGGCCCACUGUGUAGUUCAGCAAAACGGUCAACCACUCAAACCGCACCAGGUUGUGGUCCACCUUGGGAAGCACGAUCUAUACGAGUUUGCCGAUCAGCUGCAGAUCGUGAAUGUAUCCAAAGUUCACAUUCACGAAGAAUACAGUCCCAAUCGGGAUGAUCUGGCGCUGCUGGUUUUAGAUGCGAUCGUUCGCUACUCGGAGUUUGUGAUCCCGAUCUGCCUGGAACCGGUUCCGGGAGGAAAAUCAGAUGACCUGGUUGGACAACGCGGCUGGGUAGCCGGCUGGGGAGUUACCGAGAACGGGACGCUGUCCAGGGUGUUGAAGACAACCCAAAUGCCCGUGGUGGACAUCACCGAGUGCGCCCAGAGUGAUCCGAAUCUGUUUGGGAGAUUUGUAUCGCGGGCGGUGUUCUGUGCCAGCGAUCGCAAUGGUACAAGCGUGUGUCUGGGGGACUCAGGUGGCGGUAUGUACUUCAGCGUUGGCGAUCGCUGGGAACUGCGAGGAAUAGUUUCCUUCGGAUCAGAAUCGGAAACUGGUAGCUGCGAUACGAGCAAAUACAUCAUGUUCACCAACGUGGCACAUUACUAUCCAUGGAUUCGCAACCUGACGGAUGGCAGAGUUGGGCACUUCGACAACGUACCGAAGAGGAUAAGCGAAAGAAAAUGCGAAGAAUACGCUGCACUGGCUCGGAAGAAGUCCAACGGAGUUUGCUACAACGCUAGAUAUCCACAUACGGUCACCAUAAUCCACGAAAAAUCGGUCAUACUGUGCAGCGGUUCACUCAUUAGUGAACUCUUUGUGCUAUCUUCCGCUGCUUGUAUCGAAUUGGAAUGGAAGCCAAGUAAAAUCCGAAUCGGCAGUCAGGAGGAUGUGGACAUCCAUCAAGUUAUCGUUCACCCGGACUACAACCGAAGAAACCGCAUGACCUACCUCUUGUUAAUGCAGUUGGUAAGGCCUCUAGUGCUUGGUGCUAGGCUAUUGCCAGCUUGCCUUGCAAAUUCUGCUACAGAAAACCUCUACGACACACUGAUAGUCACUGGAUACACGGGAAACUAUCGUCGGUUCUACGAAAACGUCAACAUGCGGGCAAUUUCGACGGCUGAAUGCAGUUUCCAGAUGAUCGAAAGAAACGCCAUUCGACGGAAUAUUACGUCGCUUGAAAUCUGCGUGGUAGCUCAGCACGAGGAGGAGUACGAUGGCGAAGACUAUCUACUGGGCGGAAUCACCGGUGCAUCGCUGCAGACCUUUAACAGCCGCAGUUGCGUGUUUACGACCUUGGGAGUUUCCAACCCCUUGCCCAAGUCCAUGGGAGUAUCCUUUGAGUACGAUAUCGAAGUUUACACCCGCGUGGCGGCCCAUUUGGACUGGUUGGAAGCCAUAGUCUGGGGGACCGACGACGGUGAGGUAGUGACAACUACCGUGGCGACCAUGAUAGAAGUAAGCUCCCAAGCGACUACGGUGCCGAGUCGUGGUAAAAAGUACGAUCGGUUUUCUCAUGAUUUCUACUUUCCGGAUGAUUGAGGCUAUCAAGAAUGGUAAUAAUUUUUGGUAAAUGUUUUUUUUUACAACCCAAGCGAGUAGCUUGUUGGGUGUUAAAUAAUUCUUAAAAACAUAUUGCUUGAGAACAACUGAAUAAAAAAACACUAAUCGUA